AGAAAGAAAUGAUUUUUUUUGAAAUUUGCGGUCUAAGACUUUUCAAAAGUUUAACACUUUUCAAUUUUCGUGUAUUGUUUUGUAAUUGCUUAUGUAUGUUGAAACUAGUAUGUUAUUUUUAAAAAUUGCUUUGUUGUGAGUUACUUUAGCCGAGGGGUCUUUCGGAAACAUCAUCUAUACGUCCACGAGGUAGGGUUAAGGUCUGCGUACAUACUACCCUCCGUAGACCCCACCCUGUGGGAUUACACUGGGUAUAUUAUUGUUGUUGUUUUGAUGUCUCAAUUGAGUUCAAGAAGAGUAUUAUUAGUAUUGCACGAGAAGAUUGAUUAGUAUUGGCUUGGUUCAAGCACUUGGCCUCUCCGACAAGCACAUCUUAUACGUGAGGUCUUUUUUGUAGAAUUUUAAAUUUUGUGCAGGGGCGGAGCUUUAGUAUUUGUAUUAAGAAAAUUUAUUAAAUAUUUACCGUAGUUACAGUGGGAGAGGUUGGGGCUUAUUAGUAGUAUUAUUUAGUAAUCGUGCAGUUUCUAUUCUUCGAUGUGUAUUCCUAUCUAUUGCACCUUUGCUUUAUAUCUUGUUACUUUACUGUCCUAUUUUUUGCAUCUGCGUCAAAUUUUUUUCUUUUAUUUGCCUUUCCUUUCUUCUCUUUUUUCUUUUGAGCCGAGGGUCUCUCGGAAACAGCCUCUCUGCCCCACAAAGGCCAGGGUAAGGUCUGCAUUCAUCCUACCCUCUCCAAACCCCACUUGUGGGAUUACACUGGGUAUGUUGUUGUAUUUACAGUAGUGUUGAGAGCAUUCUUAGAUAGGAAGGUACGGAGGUCGAGGAUUUAGGGUAGAAGGGUAGUAGGUAGUCGAGUGUUGUAGUGCUUUUGCGUGGGAGAGGUAGGAGCUAUCUCUUCUCAUCUUUGCCUUCUUUAGUUAGAGCCCGUUUGGAUUGGCUUAUAAGUUGCUUAUAAGCUGUUUUCAGUUUUUUUGAGUGUUUGGCUGGCCAACUUAAAGUCAUUUUGUGCUUAAAAUAAGCUCAAAAAAAUAAUUGGGUCCAUUUGACUUAGCUUAUCUAAAGCAGCUUAUAAGCCAAAAAAAUAAAAUAAGUUAGACUACCCCAACUUAUUUUUUUUAGCUUAUAAGCUGCAAACAACUUAUAGGCAUAAGCCCAUCCAAACAGGCUCUUAGUGGUAUCAGUUAGUAUGCUUGAAAUGUCUUAUUCUUCACUAUUUACUAUUACAUAUUGCUUCAUUUGCUUUGUUUACCUUGAUUAUUUGCUGUUGUUAUUACACUUCCUUUGAGCCGAGGGUCUUCCGGAAACAACGUCUCUACCUCCAAGAGGUAGGGGUAAGGUCUGCGUACACCCUACCAUCCCAAACCCCACUUGUGGGAUUACACUGGGUAUGUUAUUGUUGUUGUUUUGAUGUCCCAGUUGAGUUCAGGAAGAGAAUUAUUAGUAUUGCAUGAGGAGCUUGAUUAGAAUUGGCUUGGUUCAAGCACUCGGCCUCUCCGACAAGCACACUCUAUAUCGGGUUACUAGACCAAAAGGAGGAGUCAAUGAGUGGCUACACUGGCUUCCUGUAUCUUUCCACAAAAGCUUGUAUUACAUUAUAAGCCAGAUAUUUGGAAUUCUAUUGAGAAGAAGGGCUAGAAAACCAGGAACUUUGCGUAUGGGAAAUGGUGGCACAGGAUUGUCAUCUAUUUUGGAAGCUGAUGUGAAGAGUAUAGUUAGAAUGGCUCGUGAGACAUUUGAGAAGGAUGGUCCAUUGCUGGUGAUUGCAUCUGGAAGAGAUACGAUUUCAAUUACUAGCUCCAUAAAAAGAUUGGCAUCUGAUAAUGUUUUUGUUGUCCAGAUUCAGCAUCCAAGGUCCCGUUUGGACAGAUUCGACUUGGUAAUCACCCCCAAGCAUGACUAUUACCCUUUAACUCCUCAAGGGAAGGAACAAGUUCCACGUUUUCUGCACAAGUGGAUAACACCCUAUGAACCACCUGAUAAGCAUGUUGUACUUACGGUAGGAGCUCUACAUCAAGUUGAUUUUUCUGUGCUUAGAGCUGCAGCCAUUACCUGGCAUGAAGAGUUUGCGCCUUUGCCGAAGCCCUUAUUGGUGGUCAACAUUGGAGGCCCUACAAGAUACUGCAGGUAUGGGGCAGACCUUGUUAAGCAAUUAACAGCCUCCCUUCACAAUGUUCUUGCGAGCUGUGGGAGCGUAAGAAUAUCCUUCUCCAGAAGGACACCAGAAAAGCAUUCUAAAAUCGUGGUCAAAGAGCUUGGGAUGGAUCCAAAAGUACACAUUUGGAAUGGUGAAGAGCCAAAUCCACACAUGGGGCAUCUAGCUUGGGCUGAUGCUUUUGUCAUCACAGCAGAUUCAGUUAGCAUGUUGAGUGAGGCUUGCAGCACUGGGAAACCUGUGUAUGUAGUUGGAGCUGAACGCUGUACAUGGAAGUUCACAGAUUUCCAUAAGGCACUUAGAGAGAGAGGACUGACUAGGCCAUUCACAGGACUUGAGGAUAUGUCAGAAAGCUGGAGUUACCCUCCUCUUAACGACACUGCAGUAGCAGCUACCCGUGUCAAUGAAGCUCUUGCCGAGAGAGGAUGGAAAAUUAAAGCAUAGAAUCCUUUGGUCUAUAUUGUUGUUGUCACAGAUCUACUUUCUUCCUUUUCUCAUUUAUGAUGUGUGUUCAGAGCUCUGAACAUGUAUUGUGAUGGAUUUAAUUUUAUAGGAGGAUAAAAAAGAGAUAAUUGCCCAGAUAAAAUCAGAGUUGAACAAUGAGGCUCCUAUUCUUUUACCCGUUGAGGGUUUUUGCCACAUAUUGACAAAAAUAAAUGUCAAUCUUCAUAUGUAAAUUAGAAGCUGAUUGGGUUGCUCAGAGGAAUGUAUUGUUUCACGGUUUGCAUUGGUUAAGUCAUGAAAGAUCAAAAUUUAACGAGUUCAAACAUACUUCUGCUUUGUUGGGAAUUUCUAUCACAUAUAUGUAUCAUA